AGCCGCUUGCGGCUCAAGCCAAGAAAUCAUGGACGCUUUUGUGGCGCAAUGGCAGGUGCUGCCCAAGCCAAGCGCAAGAAGUCUCCACCAUGAGGUGCGCGGGCUCGGACGAGAGAAUCCUAACCUGGCAGGGCUCCUGAAAACUGGAGGAGCCUUGGCAACGCUUUAUCAAGCAUCCCGGCUUCUGAGUAGGACUGCAUUGCAGGUGCGUCGCAGACCUCUGCCAAUUGUGCGAGAGAAGCAAGUGGUGGCCACAAAGCGCUUGCCCUUGUGGCAACUCUCCGACGAGAUGUACAUGCAGCGGCAAGUGUCACCGGAUCCCAGCCUGUCUUGGACGGAGGUGCGACGUGCCCAAGCGCGAAUGAAGGAGCAGGUGAUGGCACAACAAUACAUCGACUUCCGGCACAUCGAGCGUGAGCUGGGAGGCUUUCGUUUGCAACCGAGAUAUCACAUCAGCGAACUUCGUGCUGGCAUGUGGCUCGAGGGCCGGGUCUCCCGAAGCAAUGACAAAGGAGUCAUGGUGGAUGUGGGCGCCUAUACCGAGCAGGGCGAGUGGGUGGACGGUUUUCUGCACAUGGGCCAAAUCAAAGAUGACGGUGGCUAUGUGCCACAGGGCAAGAUUAUGGACUUCGUGCAUCUUGGGGAGUAUGUUCGUGUGAGAGUCGUCGAAUGCGUCCCAUCCACGGGCAUCCUGCGACUGUCCAUGAGGGCAGAAGAAGAUCUGCCAGAGCUCUUCAUGGGGAAGCCCAGACCAUACAGUGUGCAUGACAUUGAGAAGGGCAUGCAGGUCACCGGGAUCAUUCGAAGAGUCUGGGACAAGUGGGCCCUGGUUGACAUUGGAUGUGACCGCUUGGCUCGAAUCCAUGCACGUGAACAUCCCCGAGAAAGAAACGAGUAUGGCUUCUACAACUGGGAGCGAGUCCACAAAUAUGCCUGGACUGCGUAUCCUCGUGGUGCACAGAUGGAAUUCUGGGUGGAGAAGGUGAAGAAUAGCCUACAUAUUGACCUCGUGGCCAACAGACCACCAUCAACGAAGCUCGCGGACAAGGUGGCAGCGAAGCGACGCACCGGCGAGGGCAUUCAACCCAUGGGCGAUCCCCGACCCGAGCGCUUGACGCGGGAGCAACUGCGAGAUCGCGAGAAGUCGGAGGCCGAAAAGGCUACUUGGAGUCCCUAUGUGGCGCAUGUGGAUGAGUGGCUCGAAGACGCCGCGGAACCCGACGAUGAGACGGAUAGCUGGGUGGCCAGGACGGAGAGGGAGCUUUUCGAAGAGUGGAAAGCUGACAACCCUGAGGAGGAGGAUGACAGAGGCUUCGACCUUUCACAACAGAUCGAGGAGGACUUUGAGGAUGCAGAUGACUUUGGAGAAGAUGAGUUUGCGGAGGAUGACUUCGCGGACGACUCCGAGUACAUUGCCGAUGAUGUCCCCUUCAGCCUGUCAACGGAGGAGGAUGGCAAAUGGGAGCUCGAAGAUUCUCCUGCAAGCCAGCCGAGUGAUGACCUCCUCUACUGAUUUCACACCAACUCGCCCAGUUUCUGGGCUGCAAGGUGUGUGCCCCGACCCUGCCGCUCCAGCACGCCGCACCAGCGCGGUGCUCGUGGUGCGCUCCUGACGUGGGCAUCCAGACGUGUGGAA